GAAAAAGGCUGUUAUUCUUAAAAAUAUCAAAUUUGAUCCAAUACAGUAAUGUCGUCAAAUGAUGCAAAGGAAUUAGAGCAUCAAAGAAUCUUUUUAUCUAAUGUAGUGGUAUCAAGAAAAAGGAACCUCAUAUGGGGACGAAGAUGGAGGCCAGUAGACAUAAAAAUGGCCUCUGGAAUGUUUUUUCUACAUGUUUUGGCACUUUUUGCACCGUCUACAUUCAGUUGGAGUGUUUUUUGGUCCGCAUUUUUGGUUUACGUCUUUACUGGAAUGUUGGGUAUAAGCAUAUGUUACCACAGGCUUCUAGCGCACCAUAGUCUGAAGCUACCCAAAUGGAUGGAAUACACAUGUGCUUAUCUAGGGGUUCAUGCUUUGCAGAGGGAUCCAAUAUAUUGGGUGAGCAUCCAUAGGUAUCAUCAUCAAUAUGUUGAUACAGAGAAAGACCCACACAGUCCCACUUAUGGAUUUUGGUUUAGUCAUAUGGGUUGGUUAUUUGACAGCGGCUACAUUAUGGAGAAGUAUCAGGAACGCAACAAUGUAGAAGAUUUAAAAAGUCAAGCAUUCUAUAGGUUUAUCAAAAGAACUUACAUGUGGCAUAUAUUUGGAUUUGGGGCACUUGUUUAUGCUUGGGGCGGUUUCCCCUACUUUGUUUGGAUUAUGGGUGUUAGGAUGUCCUGCUUUCACCACAUCACUUUCUUUGUGAACUCGGUUUGCCAUAUAUGGGGAAAACGAGCUUGGAACACCGACGAUUUGUCUAGAAAUAAUUGGUGGGUGGCAAUGGUUACUUUUGGGGAAGGGUGGCAUAACAAUCACCAUGCUUUCGAGUACUCAGCUAGACAUGGGUUGGAAUGGUGGCAAAUUGAUUUCUCUUGGUACUUGAUUAGCUUUCUUAAAUCAGUGGGAUUGGCCACCAACGUGAAAUUGCCAACUCAAGCUCACAAGCUUAAGAAAUCGUUUGCUUCUGAUUGCAAAUUCAAAUGAUCAUGCAAUAUGUUGCAACUUGCAAGCGAAUAGAGAAGCAUCGGUGCUCAGAAAAUAUACUUCUAUACUACCUUAUAUAUUUGU